AUGUACCAUCGAUACAUAGCAUGUGCACGUAAGUCACUAAGUCACUUCAUCGAUUUUAGAAGAAAACUUGUGAGCAGGGUUUUCAUGGCCCUAAAACAAAAAAACAUCGAGAAUGGUUGUCUUUAUGAACCUCUGCAAGCUAUUCCGCCAUCUGAAACAAACGAAAAUGUUACUCCAAUGGUUGAAGCAGGAACGUUAAGUAAACUUACAUUCUGGUGGCUAAAUCCGUUGAUGAUAAAAGGAAAAACUAAAGUUCUUGACAACAAAGACAUCCCAAAGUUACGAAGAGAAGAUACAGCUAAAGAAUGCUAUUCCAGAUUCAUGGAGACGAUGAAGAAGCGACGUGCUUCCGGUGGUCGUGGUGAUUCCGAUCCGUCGAUAUUGUCAACAUUGUUCGUUUGGCAAUGUAAAGAAGUCGUGAUCACAGGGUUCUUUUCGCUAAUAAAAGUGCUCGCUUUGGCUUCUGGACCUUUGAUUCUACGAGCUUUCAUUAGGGUUUUCCAAGGGAAAGAAAGCUUUGAGCACGAAGGUUAUUUUCUGGCGUUAGGUCUACUUCUAGCGAAAUGUCUAGAAUCGGUAUCGGAGAGACAACUAAAGUUUGGGAGUAGAGUGAUCGGACUCCAAGUGAAAUCAAUGUUAUGUGCAGCCAUUUAUCAGAAGCAACUCCGGCUAUCCAACGAUGCUAAACUGAGUUACUCCUCCGGUCAAAUAAUGAACUACGCCACCGUUGAUGCUACUAGAAUCGGCGAGUUCCCGUUUUGGUUUCAUCGGGACCGGAGAUUGAAGGGUAUAACGGAGGCUGUUACAAACAUGAAGGUUUUGAAGUUGUAUGCAUGGGAGACGCAUUUCCGGGAGGUGGCCGGAAAGUUGAGAAACCAAGAGAUGAGAUGGUUAUCGGCUGUUAUCUCACAAAGAGGCGUUUACUUGGCUCUUUAUUGGUCGUCUCCGGCGGUUGUAGCAGUAGUUACGUUUUGGUCGUGUUAUUUGUUGGGAAUCCCACUUGAUGCAGGUAAUGUGUUCACGUUUCUGGCAACAAUUCGGAUCAUUCAGGAGCCUAUUCAGAGCAUUCCUGAUGUUGCAGCUGUGUUUAUCGAGGCAAGUGUAGCGUUAGCUCGUGUUGUUAAGUUUCUUGAGGCGCCUGAAUUGCAGAAAGAGGGAACAAGUCAUGUGACUAUGGAAGAUGAUCAAGACCUAUCUGUAAUAAUCAAAUGUGAGAGGAUUUCAUGGAAUGAUGAUUCAUCAAAACCGACCCUAACCCAUGUAAAUCUUGAAGUUUCGACAGGCAAAAAGGUGGCAAUAUGUGGAGAGGUCGGGUCGGGUAAAUCGACUCUUAUAUCUGCCAUUCUAGGAGAGGUUGAAGUUUAUGGCAAGGUGGCAUACGUUUCGCAAACGGCAUGGAUCCAAACGGGGACUAUUCGAGAAAAUAUUCUAUUUGGAAUGUUGAUGGAUGAGGAAAAGUAUGAAAAAGUAGUAACACAAUGCUCACUUAUGAAGGAUAUCGAGAUGUUUCCGUUUGGAGACCAAACAAUUAUAGGAGAACGAGGCAUAAAUCUUAGCGGUGGACAAAAACAACGAGUUCAGCUUGCUCGGGCAUUAUAUCAAGAUGCAGAUAUAUACCUCUUGGAUGAUCCGUUCAGUGCAGUUGAUGCACAUACUGCAUCCAGUUUAUUCAAGGAAUACAUCAUGGAUGCUCUAUCUAGCAAGACGGUGUUGCUUGUAACUCACCAAGUCGAUUUCUUGCCAGCUUUUGACGAUAUUCUGUUAAUGGUAGACGGGAAGAUCGUGCAAAGAGGAACAUAUGAGAAAUUACUUGCUUCCUGUAGAGAGUUCAAAAACCUUAUGAUCACACUUAGAGAUACUUCCAAUUCAAAUAAUCAAGAAGCACAUGAUGAUUCUCAACACGGAUUUAAAGCUCUAUUUCAAGAAACCAAAAAAAUUAAUCCUAAAGAAGAAAUUGUAGGAGAACAAUUGCUUAAGCAAGAAGAGAAAGAAGCAGGGGACACGGGUUUUAAACCGUACAAACAAUAUCUUAGCCAGAGCAACGGUGUUUUCUACUUCUCUAUGUUGGUUUUGAUAAAUUUUGUGUACAUAAUCGGGCAGGUGUUGCAGAAUCUAUGGUUGGCUAAGGAAGUGCACAGUUUUGGUGUAAACCAUAGGAACAUGUUGCUAGUAUACACGAUCCUCGCUUUCCUGGUUAUAGUUUUAUUAUUUAGUAGAUCUUAUUUGGCUGUUAAACUAGGGGUGAAGACGUCGAUAACAAUGUUUAUCAAGUUGAUUACAUCACUUUUUCGAGCACCAAUGGCUUUCUAUGACUCAACACCUAUCGGAAGGAUCAUUAGUCCGGUAAGUUGA